UACUGCUUUGUUCAUAAGGCAUUGGAGUUGUGUGAAUAGUUUAUUACGAUAUAAAGAAAGAAAUUUAGCAACGUAAUGGGUUCUCUUAUGGCAGGAUGGGACUCUCUGACCUUGGAUCCUGAAUCAGCUACAAUUGAGAGGAAUCGAUCUCUCACCAAAGAGGAAAUUAAUGCUUUCUGGAAAACAAAGAAGGAGGCCGAGUUAGAACACCUCAAAGCUCUUUCCAAAUUAUCUGAGACUAUUCGGGCCCGCAAAUGCGAGUAUUCAGAAAAUUCUCACAGGUCAAGUACCGCGACCGUGGCCUUAGGCAUGGAUGGUGACAAAAAAAGUUUGGAGAAUCUUAUCAAGAAAAAUUGCUGGUGGACCAAGAGCAGCUGGGCAUUUCUGAAUGAACCGCCAGUUAUAGAAGCUGCUUCCAACAAGUAUGCUUCACAGUUUCAAGUGGCCAACUUGGGAUCAACGAAAUUUAACCCCGGAGAUGGAAUUAGUGCUUGAUAAUUGAUAUUAGUCUUUCUCACGUCACCCUGCAUAGUUCAUAGAAUCAUAGAUUCAUAGUUGGUGUCUAUAUGUAUAAAUUAAGGCUUCUAUUUUGUCGCACACAAUUCUGCAUAAGAACUGUAUUUCUGGUUUCUUUGAAAAGGGUUCAAAUUUUCUGAACAGAUUUGUAUGAGAAAAUGUUCAACUGGUUUGACUUUGAGCUUUAGUGCGCAGUGUUC